AAUGUGUAUUCGAGCUCACGAACAUUUCUGGGCUCAACAAGACAAUUUAACGGUACAGCCGCCGCGUCUAGACCAGCCCUUGGUACCGGGAAAAUUUGAUGCAGGAACGUCCCAGUGGCGGGGCAGGGUGUCCUCGUGGGAGAACAGAGUCCAUGGGGAAAGAGAGACUCGCUUUCCCGUGUGACACAGCUAUCAAGUGGCAGAACCAGGACUGGACCUCGUCUUACUUACUAAGGCCUUGUAUCCACCGUCCUCACUGAAAUGAGUGGAGGCCAGUGUGCCUGGGUCUGCACAGCACAGUUCAGCACAAGGAAGAAAGGUCCUGUGUCCUACAGUAUGCCUGAAUAUCUGACUGGACACUCAUCUGAGCCUGGAGCUUGUGUCCGCUUAAAUCACAGAAUGGCGUUUAAUGAUUGCUUUAGUUUGAACUAUCCUGGCAACCCUCAGCCAGGUGAUUUGAUUGAAGUGUUUCGUCCUGGCUAUCAACACUGGGCACUGUACUUGGGUGAUGGGUAUGUUAUCAACAUAGCACCUCUAGACGAUGGCAUUUCUGCAUCGUUUACAAGCGCCAAGUCUGUAUUCAGCAGAAAGGCCCUGGUGAAGAUGCAGCUUUUGAAGGAUGUUGUGGGAAAUGACACAUACAGAAUAAACAAUAAAUACGAUGGAACAUACCCACCACUCCCCGUGGAAGAAGUCAUGCAACGGUCAGAGUUUGUUGCUGGACAGGAGGUGGAGUAUGACUUACUUGUCAACAACUGUGAGCAUUUUGUGACUUUGCUCCGCUAUGGAGAAGGAGUUUCAGAGCAGGCCAACCGAGCAAUAAGUACCAUUGGGUUUGUGGCAGCUGCCGCUGGUGCCUUCUCUUUCCUUGGCUUGUUUCCAAAAAGACUAAGAGCAAAAUACUAUUAAUUUACUGAAGAGAUAUUGGAGCCGAAGGAAUUUGUGAGGAAGAAAAGAAACUUGGGAUGAAUACUUAUUUUCAAUGUAUCAUUGUUGUUCCAAAUUCCAAUGAUGGAUGGCAGGCUCUUUAAUAAAUUGUUUACUGGUAUUGUCUCAUCACUGAGCCAUGGAAAUUUUUCUCCCUACUAGCAUAGAUUUCCUGUGGCAGCUUGAGUAAGAAGCAGUAGCCUUUUGAGUGAGCCAGCAGAGGACCUUAAUAUCACAUCAUCAUUUAUCUUCUAUAAAUAUUGUUUUCCUUUCCCCUGAGGGUAACUAUUUUGUAUUUGCCAGAGGGAUAAAGAACCUUUUAUAUGUGAUUUUGAAAAAAAUGUUAAGAGCCCCCAAUUUUUGGGUUGACAUCAAAAUUCAUAUUCCUUUUCUGGUGAGAAAAGAAUUUUGGAAAUUCAGCAUUUGGUUAGGCAGCUUGAAGAACUUUUGAUUAAUAAACCAUUUGAGGCUGGACACCCAUCUCCUUGCUCCUGUGUAGAUGGGGGCAGGGGGUGAAUGGGAGAAGGAACUCUCGGCUCCAGUGUUUCAGAUCCAGUGAUUUCCCUGGAAGCGACUCAUUUGUAAGGAAUAUGUGAGAAGCUGGAGUGGGCUGUUACUUCUACAAAGCUCCAUCAUUCCCUUUGGAUUUUGAAGUAUUUCAAGAGUUUGACCCUCCUAACCUUAGCAAGAGAUCAUUAAAUGUAGGUUUAAGGUGCCGUAUUUAGAAAACAAUAUCCUGUGUUACUUUUCAAGGCUUUUACUAUGUCAAGGAGUGUCAUGAUUUUACCCUUGCAUUUUAUUGAUUAUGUGUUGAACGAAACACACUACUUUUUCAUACCUUUCCAGUGGAAUUCUUAUCGGCAGCAGGUGGGGAGAAGUGGAUGCAGGUCUCUAUACCCUGGGAUUAUAUCAGAUAUUAUAACAUUACCCUACAAACGACACUGCCAGCUAAUGACAUCCUUAUUGUGCCAUCAUUAAAAGUAUGGCAUUAAAUAAAGGAAAAGUUUAAGUAAAUUUAGGGGGUUCGGGGUGGAAUGAGGGAACCAGGAAUAUGGUAGAUAAAGUAACUAAACAGAUGACUCAGUGAAAGUCUUGGACCUGUUAAACUGAUUUAGAUUUUACUCCCAGGCCAGAAAUACUUUACAAUCUAAUUGCAGGGUUAAGAAUACUGAUAACAGAAGGGGUCACGUGCUACCAUCAGGGCAAGUAGAGACCCUGUCUCUCUUCCUUUUCCCUGACUAAUUCCUUCCCUUUCUUAUGGCACCAUUUCUGUCUGCAGAUAAAUCCCCUUCCUGCAGAUAAACUCUCUUCCCCGCUUUUCUUCUGGGAGGUGUGUCUCCUACCUGAUAGCAUGAUCCAAAAUUAUCCCUGCAUUUUUAUUCUAAAUUCAGUUUCAUAUCCCUUUUAUGUCCUACUCUCAAUAGUAAAAUUAUAAAAGAAAAAAAAAGGCUCUUUCCUAGUAUUGUCUAAUCAGGGUGAGAUUGGCAGCAGCUUAAUGUGUUCUGUCUCCCUGGGUGUGCUUACUUUUUAAUAAAGAUAACUGCAGAGGACAAAUCUUAGCCCUAAACAGGAGACUGGGGUGUGGUGAAAUUUCCACACUGGCCUAUGGGUGAGGGAAUAGAAUUGGCAACACAGAGGACAUCCUGCGGAUCCUCAGGUCAAACCCUUCUAGAGGACUCUGAACAUGUCCACUCCAGAAGGCAGUCCUAGCAAUACUGAAAAGUCACAAGUGUGCUUUUAAAUGAAAUUCAUGGAUUCAUUUUUCACAGGUAGUGUUCAAGUCUCUAGCAGUUUUCAGCCUUAGAGAUAAGCUCACAAAGUUAGCCAUCAGUCUUCUCAAAAAGUGGCCACUCUUGGUGAUGGGUCGUUUAAGACUGUCUGGUUUGUUUUUCCUAUAGGUGAUCAUUUGAUAUGUGGCCAUGUUCAUUGUGCUUUCGUCAAACAUUUUCCCCAAGACUACUUAACCUUUCUCUGAGUGUAUUUUUAAUGAAGUCUAGUGUAGAGUCCAACUUUAUCAUGUCCAGUCCCCACCUUCAAAAAGGAUGUGUGAAAUAAAGAUCAUCGCCUAUCAGAUACCUAAUUGGUUGUUGAAAACCUGAGUGGUGGGAGGCUGUACAUUUGUUGAAAAAAGAUUUUAAAAAAAAUCUUUUUAUGCUAUCUACAUGUCAUAGUGUAUCAAUUGAAUCUUCUCGUUCUAAAGGUCAAAUUACUAAAUACAGAUAUUUCAGCUCAAGGAACCUGAGCUGCCGUGUUUUAGGUUGACAUGUAUUUCUUAAUCAUAAGCUAAAUUAGACACAUUUAAAAAUUGUCACUCUCCAAGAGCUGCACAUCCAAGAAAAGAUUAAAAAUAAAAUAAAAUAUUAAAUGUUUGUUUGAAUAGGAAUUUGCAUUUAUGCUGCUGGUUUGUGUAAAAAGCAUAUAAUACUAUUUACAGCAACGAAUUACUGAAAUUUGAAAACAUUUUUUCAAUCCUAAAUAUUUCAGAAUUGUAAAGACAUGAUUGAAUCCAUGCAUCACAGCAUUAGGCACGUAAUGGGCACUCUUAGAAUGGGACUGGUUAACUAAUUGCCUAUGACCCAUUAAAGAUCUGUUUAAUUAGCAAAAUUAGAUUUAUGCUUACAAGGAAAUCCUAGUAGGGAAUUUAAAAUGUUCACUAGGAAUAAAUGUCCUCUCAAGGUCACAGUGAGGUUGAUAUAUGUUAAAGGUAAUAAAGUGCAGAAUAUAUUUGUAAAGCAUGUACCCGUUCUUGUGGUCCUUAAUGUGCAUCUGAUAAUUGAUUUAGAUUAUGAAAAGAUGAAAUGGAACUUAAGUCAUUUAGCAUCCUGAGAAUUGUCAUGCUGUACAUACAAACAUUAUGGGUCCCUUCCCUAGGAUUGCUUCUUUUAAGAUGAGCAAUGCUGGGUCUGGGCCAACUUUUGGAGUUAGAACUUGAGAUUUUCCUGUCAGUAAUAAAAAGCAAAUAAAGGUGCCAUGCUUCUUUGAGUGAAAAGUACAUUUUAAUAGUUUAUUUCAUUACCUUUGUGAUCUACUCUGGACCUUCUAGCUCACAGGCCCCAAAACAAUAUACUUUGGGAGAUGCCAACAUCGGUGGAGUUUGCUUAGAUGUUAGCUGUGUCCAAGCCAAGAUUAUAGGCAAUUAUCAGACACCUCCAUCAUUCUCCACUUCCACACUUACCACCGUUAGAGCUGAAUUUUCUGAAGUAAAUUUCAAUUCUUGCUUCUCUAUUAAAACCAUAUAAAGAAGCAAAACGAGGAAUUCUGUGACCUUGGGAAAAGAUAUAUGCAUAAAUGUUCUUUGCAAGUGAAUAUAACGUUAAGUAAACAUGUAACAAUUUAUUGAGAAGCUUUUUUUUCCAGAUUCCUUUAUUUCCAUAGAUGAAAGUAAAAAUAUGUUGAUGAAACUUUCAAAGAUCAAACUGUCCUUCAUUUGUUCUUUCUUCUAUUGAUGUUCAUACUAUUAAUUUUACUACCGUGAAAAGUUGUGUAUUUUAACCAGGAUAAUGCUAUGCAUUGUGAAUAAAGUUUGUUAGAAAAAAACCGAUACUCUAGGAAAUGCAUUAUUUUUCUCAAUGGUAGAGGAUACAGUCAAAAUAAACAUAUUUAAGGGCCUUUGUUGCAAGGCCCAAUACACUGAGAAGUGCACUUUGAAUCUUCAGAUGGAGAAAGAAAAGAUAAGGGUAGACUAUCAUCACCUCUCUACAGUGUUUUAGUUUCUGGGUAAAAGAGGGAUGCAGUUAACAAUUCUGAUUACAAUCUGGUCCAAAAAUGUGGUUCUGUGGUUUGGCCUCCCAAUUUGAGUUUUUCUUUUGGAAUCUGUUCAGAGCUUUCAUAGCCUUGGUUGAUGUAGAAUCCAU